AUGGCACCACCAACUUUUGAUGGAGAAAGUUAUCAAAUCUGGGCAGUAAGAAUGCGGAUAUAUCUGCAAGCUUUGGAUCUAUGGGAAGUUGUUGAAGAUGAAUACGAGAUAACUCCCUUGCCUGAGAAUCCCAUGGUGGCACAGAUUAAAACUCACAAGGAGAGGAAAACCAGGAAAUCACAGGCACUGGCAUGCUUAUUUACUGCAGUUUCAUCUAAAAGCUUCACUCGUAUCAUGUCUCUGAAAUCAGCGAAAGAGGUAUGGAAUUAUCUCAACACUGAGUAUGAAGGAGAUGAAAGGAUUCGAGGUAUGCAAGUGUUGAAUCUGGUACGUGAGUUUGAGCUGCAAAAGAUUAAAAAAAGUGAAACCAUAAAAGAGUACUCUGACAGACUCCUUAAUUUAGCAAAUCGCAUCAGAUUGUUGGGUUCUGCUUUCAAUGAUUCAAGGAUCGUUGAGAAAAUCCUAGUAACGGCACCUGAAAGAUUUGAGGCUACCAUAACAACCUUAGAAAAUACUAAGGACUUGUCCAAGAUUACACUUGUAGAGCUCUUAAGUGUUUUUAAAGCACAAGAGCAACAACGUGUUAUGAGACAAGGAGGAGCUAUCGAAGGUGCCUUACCAUCCAAGCAUCAUGAUGAUGGAUGUUCUAAGAAGAAGAAGAAAAAUAAGAAUAACCAACCAACCGAUGAAUAA